UACAUAGACACGCAACCCGGCCUCUAACCCCAGCCAAUCAACACACUACUGUUCUGACAGGGUUUCAAAGAGAGAGAACUCUGGGUGGAACUUAUCGGAAAUCUUCACCAAAAAUCUUCACCGAAAAUCUUCACUCAUCGACAUGGAAAGUUUUGGCCUUAUUCGUGUUCAAAAUUUCAAGUUAUAGAGGAACUUUUUUUCUCUUUGUCACUCAUCUUCUAUAUUUUCUUUUACUUGCUCCAGCUACGUCUAGCCUUUGCUAUUGCAUUUGUUUCAAAAUUUCUCCAAUUUCCCAUUUGUAUGUGGAUUUUGAGUUUUGUGUAGUACUUCUCUGCUCUUUGGAAAUUUUUAUCUAGGACAAUAAUAGUGGAAAAGAGGGAAGAACUUCGAUGCCACCCAUAUAUUUGACGAAAUUCCUCAGCGAAAGAUCUCAUAGUCAGCGAGUUUGGAUAAUCUCCGUAAUGAUAAUUUUGAUAUAAGCUGUUCACGAAAGUUGCAGUUUAUGACAUAACGAUUUCUUCCUUCCAAAGUUUCUGCUCUUGCAUGGAUGAGAUUUCCUCUCUAAAGUGGUGAAUUUUAAAAAGUUUGAAGUUUACUGACCGGUGCAAGAAGGUUUCACAUUUUUGGAACUGAACUGAAUUGUUUGCUGUUAAUUGCUAUGCUCUUCGCCAAUUGCUGAAGGUUACUGAGGAAUUAACUAGCUCUGCAACCAUGUUAUUUCCAUAUUUUCUUGCUGUAGAUAAACAAUGUCCAGAUAAACAUCAACUCGCUCCUCUCCUUGAAUUGUUGUCUUCUAUCUAUUGCUGGUCCGGUCCACGGGUCGCCAGCUGGUUCUAUUUAUACAGCAAAGAAAGGCUUUGUUUGGGACCAGCGGCGUGACAUGAUUCCGCCACCCCCUCCACCCGAGCGUAUGGAUGGUGAGCAUGAGUAUAUCGACUGGUACCGCAGCAUUACUUGACUUAUCGUUGGGAAUCCCGUUCAUCGCGCUGGCGGUCGGUUCGUUCCAUACUUCGAGAGGCAUGAGGUGCUGGCUAUUUGCCUACAUCUAGUCCACCGGUUGGGACUGCAGAUGCAGCAUCAUACCGGUGGGGGAGCGGCCGCUUUGCACGAGUAUGGCCGGCAGGUUACAGAUUUGGCUGCCCGGACAUUGCAGCUAGCCCAACGCUUAGGACACGAGGCUGAUUAUAUGGCGCCAGAGCAGUACCAUCGUGGGCCAGCAGUGCAGCCUGAACGUGGUCGACGUGGCAGGCGUACCUAGAGAGGUAGGGGUGUCCCACAAGGUCGUGGGGGUCGGCGAGGAGGUGGUCCCCAACAAGGGGGCAUUGAGGCACCUGUUGAGGAUGUUGGAGUUGAUCAGCCGGGUGACCACCCCGAGGCACACUAUGCUCCUAGUGAUAUGCCGUCAUUUAGCUUGGGGCUUACUCCAGGGACUUCGCAGGUGAUCUCAUCAGCUCCAUUGUUGAUCGCGGGAACUGUCAUUACCUCACAUGAUUGGGAUGCAUAUUUUCCUGACCCUCUAGAGGCAUCAACAGUUGCUGAUGAUCGUUCGGUACGGGAUGUGGAUAUUGGGCGUCGACUGAGUAAUGGAUCAUCACCGAGGGAUGCUGAGGAUCUUUCACAGGAUUUGCCAUCAUCCUCGCCCGUCACGGCGGCCACUUUGUGCGACAGUGACAUGCCUGAGACGGAUGAUUAUAUUCAGGAGCCCGCUGAGACCAUGGUUAUUGCUCGACCGACGGCCCUAUCUACCGAGCCUGCCAGUCUUACUGACGAUCAUGCUGUACCGCAUCUUCCGAUAAAGAGACGACGUGAUGAGAAUGAUCCUGAUAGUGUAGCCGGGCGGGAUGGGAUGCGCCUGAGGUCAGCGGUUGCUUUAAAGCAUAAAGGUUGUGCGACACAUUGAUUUUUAUUCUAUUUUAUGUACAUAUGACAAUUAGUAAAUAAUAGCAACUUUAUUUAUGGUUUACAUUA